AUGACGUCGUGUGAGUUGGCAAAGUUCGACGAUUUGAAGAAGAUAGGAGAAGGAACAUAUGGUGUCGUAUUCAAAGGGAAGCAUAAACGAUCUGGAAAACAAGUAGCUCUGAAGAAAAUAAGCCUUGACCGGGACAAUGAAGGUGUACCAAGCACAUGCAUAAGAGAGAUUUGUUUGUUGAAGGAUUUAAAUCAUCGAAAUAUUGUACGACUUUAUGAUGUGAUUCACUCGGGUAUGCAGUUGUAUCUAGUGUUUGAGUUUAUCGACCGUGAUCUGAAAUCACUUUUGGACAGCUUACCUGGAAAAAGACUCCCUGCGGAACAUGCAAAGAGCUUUUUGUGGCAGCUGCUUCAGGCUCUUGCUUAUUGUCAUACACGCAGGGUCUUACAUCGGGACUUGAAACCGCAGAACCUUCUUGUUGAUAACAGCGGUGUGAUUAAAUUGGCCGAUUUCGGACUUGCUAGGAAUUUUUCCAUUCCCAGUCGUGUAUAUACUCAUGAGGUUGUCACAUUAUGGUACCGAGCACCAGAGAUAUUAUUGGGAGGUCGUUACUACUCUACCGCUAUCGAUGUGUGGAGCCUGGGUUGUAUAUUCUCCGAGAUGGUCUCCGGUAAUCCACUAUUUGCCGGUGAUUCCGAGAUUGAUCAGCUGUUCCGUAUAUUCAAAAUCCUCGGAACACCUACUCCAGAAGUUUGGGCUGGUGUAGAAAAGUUGCAAGACUACAAGAGAUCAUUUCCGAAAUGGACCUAUAACGAGAAGGCUCUAGUUGAAGCAACAUCUCCUAUGACAGAUGAUGGGAUCGAUCUUCUCAAAGAGAUGCUGCGUUAUGCUCCCGAAAACAGAAUCACAGCAAAAGCAGCACUGGGGCAUAGAUUCCUUCGCGACGUAGUGCUGCAGCCGCCAGAAAUCACGCCGUUGCUUCAUGCACCGUCAAAGUCCACCGUCGCUUCUGCGACCGAACAAACUAUGGAGACGCAUCAACAGCACGAACUCUGA